UGCCGAGCGGGUGCGCGCACGCCGCCCCGGGCUCCCUCUGCGUGGGCGCGAGCACGCCGCCGUCUCGUCGUUGUGAGCGCGGCCUUUCUGGCUGGCCUGGGGGGCGGGGUUGAAGGGGAAAGUGCUAAGGCCGCAGAGUGAAGUGAAAAUUCUACUAGAGGAAAUGGCAGCCUCUUCAUCCUCCUCCUCAGCUGGUGGGGUCAGUGGAAGUUCUGUUACUGCAUCAGGUUUCAGUGUCUCAGACCUUGCCCCACCACGGAAAACCCUUUUCACCUACCCCAAAGGAGCUGGAGAGGUGUUAGAAGAUGGCUCUGAGAGGUUCCUUUGUGAAUCUGUUUUCAGUUAUCAAGUGGCAUCCACGCUCAAACAGGUGAAACAUGAUCAGCAAGUUGCUCGGAUGGAAAAACUAGCUGGUUUAGUAGAAGAGCUGGAGGCUGAUGAGUGGCGGUUCAAACCCAUCGAGCAGCUGCUGGGGUUCACACCCUCUUCAGGUUGAUGUUUCGAGGAUGUGCUGGAGGAGCACAGCCAGAGCAGAGCCACAGAGACAGCUUAUGCAGCUGCUCAGAUUCACAGCUGUGUCACCAAACUGCUAAAUCCCAUCCAUACUUGGUUUCCCUGUAUCUAUCCAUGGCCAACAAAUACUUAAAUAUGUGAUCUUGCAGGGAAAACGUUUAUUUGUUUAAAAAUGUAUUGGGAAUCGGAUUAAGACAAUCAGUUUCAGAGAACAAGAAGGUUUAGGUUUAAAAGAUAUUUAUAAAAUUUUCACAAGCCAAGUAGGAUAUGUGCCAGAAUUAGCCAACUACAUGGCAUGCGUUCUGUCUGUCAUAUAGUGCCUGGAAAUUUUCACCAGUGAAGUCCAAGGUGAGGAUCUAUAGUUAGACCUUUCUGACCUAAACAUUUCUUUUCACAGAUGAAUGUGAUUUCAACUCAGGACCUAUCCAAAUAAGGAAUUUUUAAAAAUUUUUUUCUUUUUCCUAUUUUAGACAUCUGAGUAGAUAGAUCCUACUUCUUUCUAACCCUUUCUAGACAUACUGGCAAAAAAAAAAAAAUUGUGUUUUUUUGAAUAUUGCAACACUUGUAAAAAAUAAAACAGUGAGCAAAAUCCUUUUAGACACAGAAAUCCUCCAUUCAGCUCAUUGGUAGAUUCAAGCAAUUCUGUAGCAAAUCCUUUGAAAGAGCUCCAGAUUGGUGUUUUAUCCUUUCAAAGUCUAAGGGAUUUGGGAUAGGGAAAAGAGGUCAAAUUACUUUUUACAAGAAUCUAAAAACCAUUUCUCCUAAGCAAAUGGUAGAUUUGCUUUGCUUCAGAGAUAUUUGUCUUUGCAGAAGGGUCUGAAUUUAUCUUAUCAGUAUCUGAGUAGGUUUUUGUACCAUGAUAGAGGAAAACCUGGAAGGCUAAGAAGUGGAGUUUUGUUUUGUUUUUUUGUUCUCCCAUGAAGAAUGAUUGGAAAUGUUUUUUGGGUUUUUUAGGAUCCCAGUGUCUACACUGCACAAUUAAGGGAAUCAUUUAUUAUUACAAUGUAUACAUAUUUUGCCUUAGCAUUUGCUUUUCUCCUCAUUAACAACUUAGACCUGAUCUUCUUAGAGUUGCUUAAUUAUAAAUAAAUAUAAUCCCAGGAGCAAUUAACCUUAA